AUGACUGUUAUGGAUCAUAUUUGGACUAUGAUUGGUUCGAAGCUCGGUGAAUUAAUUGAAAAAGAAAUUCUAUCAGCAAAAGAGUAUUAUACAAUAGCAAUGAAUGGUCUGAGUACGAACGAAUUUUCUAAAUAUCUUAUUGGAUUUGAUGUUGAGACUAUUUUCAAAUUCUAUGUUAAAAUAUUCUUGAAAUUGACUGAAAUUGUAAUUUUGGCCGAUAGUCGUCAUAUGGAGCAUCUAAAUUUAUCCGAUUACACAGCUCACAAGUCUUUACAUGAUAAACGAUAUGACGCUGUAUUUUUUAAAAUUAUUACAUUUAUUGAUCGUUUUUUUGUUGACUCGGAAAAGGACGCAGCAAAACAAGAAUGUAUCGAGAUAAUUUUCUCCCUUAUUGUUACUAUGUCGGAUAGCAAAAUUUUGCUACCAACGAUUAUUCAUUUUGAUUUUCCAGCAAAACUUGUUGAAUGGCUGAAUGUGAUUAGUAAACGUAAUAUUUCAUCUGAUCCACUUGACUCACUUAUUGUUGCAAUGAGCAAUGUGAGCCAAUAUGAAGAGGGUGCGAUUGCAUUGAACGAGGCCGGUGCUAUUGCUGCUAUAGAAAUAUCCGAAAAGGCUUUGGCUAACAGAUUGGAAAAAAAUCAAUUUACUUUAUCAUUUUAUCCUCGAAUCUAUGCGAUGAUAUCAACGGCUGAUCAAGUCAAAACUCUAAAUGUUCUUAAGCCAGCUAUUGAUUUUUUGCUUACAAAAAUUCGAGAAGCAAAUGCAUCAACUGAUUUACGUUCGAAAACGGGUCAUCUCUACGAAUACUUAGUGCCACUCGCCAAACUUCUCGUCAAUGAUAAUAUAGCAAUCUAUCUAUUAAAUGAUAAUGUACUAGGUGGUCUCACAUUCUUUCUUGAACUCUUUUUUAAACACAAUAUACUUCCCGUUAAUGAUCUAUUCGUAAAACAUCUCAUUCGACUAGCACUAUACAAUAUUUUAUGUAGUCUUGCAUUUCAUGAAUCUGUUCAACAACAACUGAAAACAAAUCAAAUAUUUAUAAAAGCUGUUUUGGAAGCUUCAAAUUCAUCGAUUACAAACACCGAAACAUUUAUUCCUUCGUCAUUGAGAAAUAACUUGAUGAGUGUUAAAACAGCUGCUCAUGGAAUAUUGGUCUAUCUCGAUAAAUUCAAAAUAUCUAUCUCAAAUAAUAAUGAACUUUUCAAUACAUCUGCAACGAAAAUUCCAAUGAUUUCUUAUUCACAUCAAGAUGCCGAUUUCUGCAGAUCGGUUGUCACUGCUCUGAAAGAACACUCCAUUUCAGUAUGGAUCGAUGAAGAUGGACAUUGUUUGUCAAACGAUUGUUGGGAAGAAAUAGCAAUAGCUAUAAAGAAUGCAAGCAAGGUAUUGAUCAUUGUCUCAGAAAAUUAUUGUACUAAAAGUCGGUCAUGUCGUGUUGAAGCUAGUUAUGCUAUAAAACUUGGAAUUCCAAUUAUUGCUUUAUAUAUCGAUGACGAAUAUGAGGCGGAACCUUGGCUUGAUAUUCACCUCAUUGGAUUACAUGUUAAGUUUGGUAAUAAACCAUUUGCUGAAAGAAUUGAUCGUCUCGCUAAAUAUAUAACCGCAAAUAACGACUCAUUAAAAUGUAUGAAAACAUCGCAGACACAAAUGGUUAACUCUUCACGUAAAGUCUUGAUAUCAACUAUCGAAAACGAUGAUAAGAGUUCAUUAAAAACAAAGGUUUCCGAACCUAUUAUUGACUAUUUUAUGCCGAAAACAUCACCUCAUACAUGGUCAAAAGUUGAGGUCAGAACUUGGUGGUGUACUGAAAGAAUUCUCGUGCCUCAAUUAUGUACGUUCUGUGAUGGUGAAGCACUCUGCAUAUACGCUCGGAUAUUCUUAUACCAUUAUCAACAAGAUCCGUUAAAACAUUUACAAAGUCUACGAGAACAAUUAAAACACGUGCAUGGUAUCAAUUUUUAUGAUGAUCAUUAUGCAAAUAUGGCGAGUUCUAUGAUGUGGAUAGUAAAACAAAAAGAAAAUGACGAAUAUGUAGUGAACAAGUAUUCAAAAUGGACGUCAUGUAUACUCAUGUAA